CCUGUAGAUGACGUUAACCCGAUGCGCUAGACAACCUAUGGCGGGACAAUGUGGGGUCAAGUCAACAGCUACCCUUUGGCGGGGCAUUGGGCUACACCAACUUAACUCGACUGAUAACUGCUAAACAGAGUUGAGGUAUCAGACACAGCUUUCGAACAGCUACAAAGGGGACUCUACCUAUUAUAAAAGUUGAAUAAAGCUUCGAAAUGGCGUCGGAAUCGCGACUGUACACCUUCUCCGGAGAGUCAAAGGACCACCUCCGCAAGUUUAGACUAACGACUUCUCGGGCCAAGGAUCCCCAAGCUGUUAUUUACCUGAUCGAUAAGAACACUUACGAAAUCCGACAAGACGAAGACAAGAUCGUUUAUACUUCCCUCGAAGAAAUUGGCGAUGACCUCCCCGAUCAUGCGCCUCGAUUUAUCCUCCUGAGCUACCCCCUCACCAUGGGCGAUGGGCGUUUGUCUGUGCCAUACGUACUUAUCUUCUAUCUACCCGUUACCUGCAACGCCGAGAUUAGAAUGCUCUACGCCGGCGCCAAGGAGCUGAUGCGCAACACGGCCGAGGUCGGACGAAUUAUUGAUAUCGAGUCAGCGGAAGAUUUGGAGGAGAUCCCCGACAAGCUUAAGUCAGAGUAAACAAGAAUCACACAAAAGAAAGGCAACGCGGUGUGGCAGCGAAAUCCAUAUAUCAUGAUCUACAUAAAAAUGCAACUUGAAGGUAUCUGCCUACUCAUCCGGCAGCACUUCCUGGGUGUCCAAUCCCAACUGCAUCGCAACAUUCUUCACAACUCCUUGAAACGCAAUGCAGGCGGGGCUAUCUGGGAAUGAGUCGAAGUAACUCUCUCCGUAAUCACAUGCCAUCCUGAUUCUAGGGUC